AUGACAGAGAAUACGAAUACUGCCAGCCAAGCUACAACGGCAACUCAGACAAAUACAUCAAAACCAGUAAUCGAUGCGUCAACAGUGACUGAAGCCACAACGACAGGCGGUACUGCUUCGACCACAGCGUCGACCACUAUUACAACGCAUGUCACAGCCAAUGUCACGAAAACUACCUCUGCCGCUUCCGCCACAUCGACUGUACCCUCACUCGAUGGAGCAACUGCAUCUUCUCAGCAACAAGCGGCAGACUCCAAUAGACCAACCUACUCCGGUGGUCUGCCCAUCAAACCGACAAUCACGCCGGCAUGGGGCGUUGGAGGAUUUAUACUAAUAGCUCUCGGAGCCGUCCUGACUUUUAUUGGGGUCCGCCAACAAUGGGUCCAAAUCCUACUCUCAACCGGAUUCCUUAGCUCAUUGGGAGUUACCGUUCUCAUUAUUUAUGUAAUGAGCCCGCCAGUAAGCAACGCCGUGCAGGGUGGCUAUCUUGUCGCCGUCUUCUUCACUGGCGCUGUCUUCGGUGGUCUAUCGCUCGUCUUUAGAGAGAUCUGUGAGGGACUGGGCUGUCUUCUGGGCGGUUUCUGUCUGAGCAUGUGGUUCCUUGCCUUGAAAUCUGGCGGUCUCCUCACUGAAAGUGGCUCUAAGGCCGGUAUGAUUAUUGCGUUUGCUGUGGGAUUCUAUUCCCUGUCAUUCAGCCACUACACGCGGUCAUACGGGCUGAUCGGAUGCACGUCAUUCGCUGGCGCAACCGCCUUGGUCCUUGGAAUUGAUUGCUACAGCAGAGCUGGACUGAAAGAGUUUUGGUUGUAUAUCUGGGGAUUGAACCAAAACGUCUUCCCUCUUCGAACCGACACCUACCCCGUGACGCGUGGUAUUCGUGUUGAGCUCGCCGCAACCAUCAUUGUUGCUGUUCUGGGAGUGAUCUCCCAGAUUAAGCUUUGGAAUCUCAUCAAGGAGCGCAGAGCCAAGGAAGAAGCUUCCCGUCGAGAACACACCCGAAAGAUCGAAGAAGAAGACGCCGCAGUUGGUCGCCGCCUCGAGGAAAAGAAUAACCAAGAGCGCGCUGAAUGGGAACUAAUUUACGGAAAUGGAAAGACUGCGGAUAGCAAAGCCAUUUCGGUUUCGGAAACAGCUGUUGGCGACUCGCGACAGGGCUCGGAUGAGUUCGAAUCUCCUGACAACGACAGGGAAGGUGAGAUUGAACUCAAUGAAAUGCCGAGCCCGGAUGCUUCUGGUAGUGGCUCUGACGGCGAGAAGACCCAUCAGGGUGGAAAUCAUAGUCGUGAACUUGAGGCGGUGCCCGAGGAGGAUUCAUCCCAGCAGGGUCGGUCGGCAGACCAGGACAAGGAUGCCGAGAAGGAGGCUCAAUCUGAUGCAAAGAAGCCGAGACCGACUACACCUGUUAUCACCCAUGUUCUUGGCGAGGGCAAUGAUGACGCCUCUGAGAACGGUGCUGACAUCGGCUCGGAGGUUGGUACGCCGCGCUCGAAACGGUUCUCUGGCAGAGAAAUGUUAAACCGGCUCUCUUGGCGAAACAGCAAUGGUGUGAGGGCUGCUUCACAGUCUCAGGAGAAUCUAGUGGCUCACGAUGAUGCCAGUUCCUCUGUUCUGGGAACUGUGGAUGAUCUCCAUGAAAUGAGCGUCAGCUGCCCGAGCAUAAUCUCGGAUGCGGAUGUUCACGAUCGCGUUGAGACGGCGCCGCGCGAAAUAAAAGCUGAGCUAGCCCCAGAGAAGGACUCGCCAGACGUGGAGAUCAAGUCAAAUGCCAGUUCACAAGCUAUCCGAGAUACUGAACUCCGUGAAGAUACAACCACGGCCCAACAAGACGCUGAAAAAGUCGUCGCCGAAGAAACCACUGCAAGCCAGACUGUUCAGCAGGUGUCAUCUGUCGAGGGCACUGUUAUUGCCGUCAAUCCUGUAGAUGAGUCUGGCAUAUCUGAAGUGUCAGAGAAGCCCCAAUCGCCCGAAACUCCGGCAAUAGAUGCUGAAGCAGGUAUUCCCGAUAUUCCAGGGACGACCAAGGAAGUCCGGCCUCAAGCUACAUUGGAACCAUCGCCUCUGAAAGAGAAAGAAGGGGGAAAUAAGGAGGAGACUGACGAAAAUCGGCCUUCUACUGCUAAAAUUAUCAAAACAGAGUCCAUUUCUGAGCCGAAGGUUGUGUCUUUUCCCGAGCCCGAGGUUGAGCCAAAGAUCAAAGUGAUCAAGAAACUGGAUGCAUCAAACGUCAAGUGUAUCCCCGAGCAAACAUCACGAGUGAUCCAUUCGUACCGCACGAAUGAAUGGGCAAAGCACCUCGCAGAUGCCGACACUCCCGAGAUGGAGCCAAUUGAGUUCGGACCCGAACCCGAGGAAGAUGCCUUGGAGGAAGUUCAUGAGACUGCAGCAUUUGUUGAUGUAGGCGGUCUUCUCCAGACACCUCUUACUGCGCAACCGCCACCAAUUGUGAACAGACCUGAAUUGAAUGAUAUCGACAAUCAACAAGCUGCCUACGUCUCAUCAACACCCGCACCAGAACUUCCCCGAUCCAAGACACGGACAGGCGCGCAGGGUCUCAUCAAAGUGAAUCCAAUUUUAACCCGGAACGACUCGACGGCUUCAGUCGACAUGCUCCGAUCAGCUUCUGGUCCUUUUCCAAUUCAGGAAGCAGGAUUGACUUCGAUGCGCAGCACAUCGACUCCACUGCUGACGGUCACUACUGUCACCGAGUCCAAAGAAGCAGAGCCAUCAGCACGCUGGAAAGGACCACCUCCUCUCCUCGCAGUCCGCGAGAACAUGGUCCGAAAUCGGAUGUCCUCAACAUCCAAUCGCUUCGAUCCCUGGGCCGCUCGCAACCUAUCCCGCCAGUCUCUACCUGAAAUGGCGCCCCUCGCCUCGCCAAUAUCCCCACCACUCUCCAUCCCAGAAGAAAGGGACGUAGAACAGGAGCAAGCCCAACCCAGCGAGGACGACAUUCCACUUUCCAAGCGGCGCGCCCUGCUACAACGCCAGACAGUGCAGUCUCCAUCUCCAGUAAGCCCUGACAGCCUCGAGGCUACGCAUUUCCCUCCAUAUACUCCAGCUCCCGCCGGCGAGCCGAACCGAUCUGCCUCAAGAAUGGCAGCGUGGCGACAAUCGGUCCGCGAGGAAAUCACCACAAAGCAAGGUCCUUUGGCCCUGCAGUCUCAGCCCCUCAGCCCAACUAGCCCUGUUGACCGGCGCACCAGAUGGAACUCUGUGUAUCAGAUGCGUGAGGCUUCGUCUGCUCAGCUGGGCGAUGCUAUCGCAGAUGGCAUGCAGCGUGGCAACAUGACGGAUCUACACCGUCAGGCAAUGCGUCCCAAUUGCGCCCCCGUGGAGUCAACUCCGACAUUCGUUCGCGCCCAGCGGCGACAGUGCGUUCCGAUCUCAGGCUCGCCGUCGCUCCUCCGCCCACCAGCAGUCCGACUCGCAAACCCAGUCAACCACGUCCCACGAAUAACCCCAGUAAUCGUCCGCCCCUACCAAUCAGACGAGAGUCUCUCCCUCAGCCUUGGCCACUCACGCGACGCCCACCCCCUCCUCAGCAUCCCAGAGCGGCGCCGCAGCCGACUAACCCCGUCCCCGAGCAGCUUGGUCGUCGAGCGCAGCCAGGGGGAAACGGAAAGUGGCCGCACUAGCAUUGCCCUGCCCAGACGACACCGCCGCAGCGAAGAAUACAUAGAUAUGGCUGCCGCGUUUGCGGGCAGUGCAGCGCGCGAAACUGAAAACCUGCGUCCUCCCGAAGCUGUUCAUCUCACCCAGAACGGAUCUCGUCAAAGUGACCGCCCCCGCCACACUCAGUCACAAGGUUCCCUCCGCUCCCAGUCCCAGAUCGCUUCCGUCCCUUCGCAUACAGGUCAUCCGCAACCUGAUGUCGCCGAGGAGCUUGCUUGGGGUCCGGCUCAUCCUUGUUUCCCGCAUAUAAAUCCCCAUGUGCCCUUCGGCUCGAGGGAGCACAUGACAACGCGUGUGAUUCGGAUCCGGCGCGAUUGGAUGAUUAAGGGGGAUUUGGCGCCGACGUUUUCGAAUCUGUAUCCUGAAAUCCUUGAUCCAUUGUUGUCGGAGCAGGAGUUUCGCAGGGUGAUUUCGACUGUCAAUGAUGGGAUCAUCAAGGCGUUUGAUCCUUUCAGUUUUCGGAAUUUGUUGGACAGUGCGAUUGGUUUAUUGACUGGCUGGGCAUGGGACGAUCUCAAUGCCUCCGCGGCGAAAAGUCAGCUGCAGCAUGUCGAGGCUUGGCUGGAGAGUUGGAACCGUGAGGUCGGCGCCAAGGAUGGCGUUCACAUCUGGAGCUUGAGGCGGACGGCGUAUAUGUCACUUGAUAUUCAGAUUCCCGAUCCCAAGGUUGGAAUUGUACUCAGUGAGGCACCUUCGGCUCCUAAUACCAGGCCAAGUACUGGUAUUGGGGCUGGGUCUUGA